AUGGCUGGACAACCGAUCAUUGCACCUCCGGUUCAUGAAGAAGUGGUCCCAAUAGUUGUUGAUGAUGACAAUCGUACUGAAAUGACCGAGGAAGAGAAGGCUAAACGCAAGGAGUUUGAGCGCAAACGAAAAGAAGUAGCAACACCAGGUGGUUUGGAUAUCAAGGCUGUCUUGGGUCGCCGUAUCUCAAUGCCUAGUAACGAGGACGAAGAUGAAGACGAUGGCAAUACUGGUCAUGACUGUGAGACUGAGGAGGCCUCCGAUUCUAACCAGAAAAGCAAUUCCACAAACCCUCUCUCCAAAGAGCCCACAAAUCCAGUUAAAUGUGAGAAAGAACAAUCAUAA